AUGACAAUCCAAUCGCAUGAGGGAGGGGUUAUCCUCCUGGCCGAAAAAUGCCUCUUUCCCAUCCGCAACGAUGGCAACUCAUCGGAAGACGCACCGAAAAAGAGAUGGGGAGUUACAAAGUUGUCUUCCUGCACCCUGAGAAAAGCAGGAAUUCUCAGGUCAUGUUCUUGCUCCGCCUGUGAGAACCAGACAAGCAGCCUAGAACAGAAAGACCUCCUGUACUUUUUGGCCACUGUCUGGGCUCUUCUCCUCUGGGAAUUUGCUGAGGUAGAUACGGUGCAGAUUGGCGUACACAAUAUAUUCUCUUCGUCAGCCGGGAGCGUGAAGAAGCAACAUAUGAGAUUAUUAGCGACCUCGCGAAGUCAGACUAAAACAGUUAAUGAACUGUUCAAGGCUGAGGGGUGGUCUGUCUAUAAUAUGGACGAGCGCCAUUACCCAUAUUUAAUACGGGGAUUGUACUUCAACAUGGUGAGAAAAAUGCGGUUGAACGGUCUUCCUAAAGGAGAACAAGGCGAAGAGGUAUGCCUCCAUCUCUCGCUUCCCAAUAUGAGCCUUGUGAAGAAGAAUGACCGAAUGAAAAACUCAUUUUUACAGAUCUGUGAUAUAACUUUGGUUCUCGAUAUUGACCAGAAUGAAUGUUUUCUUGUGUACAAAACAACAGUCACCUAG